CAAGAAGUGACUCCAUAAAUAAUUGGGAAACAGUAGAAAUAAACAGUGACAGGAGGGAUCAGACUGAGCAAGUGUGGUCCUCCUUCCUUUCCCAAGGGAUGAGUCUAGGCUCUUUAUUAUUACAAUUAAGGGAAAGCACUAAACACACAAGGGUCAUACAACACCAGCUUAAUGGAAAAAAGUAGCAGGUAAUUGUAUUUAAUCCAUGUAAGGAAAUGGUUCUCAAUUUUCUUAAAUCAGUAAAUGUUCGCAAGUAUCAGCCGCUCCCCUCAUUGAAGAGAACAGGAAUAUACCUUGACAUGAGGAAUAUAAACACUCUUAUGUUACUGUUAAAUCGGUAAAAAUAAAUGGUAUGGUGCAAGUGAGAAUAAGUAAACAUGGUGUUAUAUUCCUCUUAAAUCUGAUGGUGCUGUUCUACCUGAGGGGUGUCUCACGGUGACGACCUGUUCUACCUCUUCCGAGGUGGCCCCCUCCUGCAGCCACCCCAGCAGCCUCCCCAGCGUCCACAUGACCUCCAGCGUCAAGACGACCUCGUCCUCAGGGACAUCAUGACUACUCUCUGGACCAACUUUGCAACCACAGGGAAUCCUACCCCAGAUGAUUCCCUGGGAUUCAUCUGGGAGCCUGUGACCGAUGGUAACCUCCACUACCUCGCCCUCAACCCCAGACCUACAAUGGAGGCUGACAUUAGACAGGAAGUACGGAGGUUCCACUCCUCGCUGCCCACGCUAGUGAACCUGGCCCUUCACCCGCAGGUGGUGACUCACCACUCACCUGCCUGGGAGGACUCACACACUGCUCCCGGCGACACAGAUGAUGCCCGGGAGGAGCUCUAGUCGACAAUGUACAAAUACACAUAUCCAGAUUAUGUAAGGUUCACAAUGUGUUAGUAAUAGCAUUUAUAUUAUGCAUUUUUUGUGUGUUAGCUACUAGGUAUAUGAAGUCUUCAUUCUAGUUUAGAUAUAUUUUGGAGGGAGUGUUAAACCGAUGUCAUAUAACGUUUGGGAGAUAAUCAUGUUUGAUCCAAGGAAUGGAUUACUAUGUCCAAUUCCUUGCUUCAAGAACUCUUGACCGGCAUCGAGACACCUUUGAUUCUGUUGUGAUGGGAAAUUGAUCUAUCUUGCAGAUGUUGCGCUGCAGCAACGAGACCCGCCACUUAAUUAAGCUUCUUCCUGAACUUUACCACUUAAAAUGAUUACUUUCUUAUUUCUGUGAUUUACCUAAGUGCUCAGCUUCACAUUCUCUCUUCGUCCUAAUCCUUCCCAUAUAUAGAACAUGUCCUGAGGCCUCCAUGUAUAGUUCAUGACCACCUCCGUCCCAAGUAUAAUACAUGUCCACCUCCGUUCCUUGCAUAAUACAGAGGUAAAAAUUCCCUAUUUACACCUGAUAUGAAAUACUGAAAACUAGUAAGUCUAGUGAAUUUUUGCUAUUUCCUCUCAGGGGCCAUUAUGUUUGGUACACCUGUACACCUGCUCGUUAAUGUAAAUAUCUACUCAGCCACUGACGUAGCGCCUGAAAGUAUGCAGACAUAGUCAAGAGGCUCAGCUCAGCAGAAUGGGGAAGAAAUGCUUCAAUUUUAGUGGAACCUCCUGGGAGGUGCUGCAAUCUUAGUGGAACCUCCUGGGAGGUGCUACAAAAUUAAUGGAACCUGGGAGGUGCUACAUUCUUAGUGGAACCUCCUGGGAGGUGCAACAUCCUUAGUGGCAUCUCCUGGGAGGUGCUGCUAUCUUAGUGGAGCCUCCUGGGAUGUGCUUCAGUCUUAGUGAAACCUCAUGGGAGGUGAUGCUGCCAUAGUGGAGCCUGAUAAAUGCUCCUUAUAGCAUAGUGGGGCUUUCUCUGGGAGGUGUCGUUGUAUUAGUAAACCCUCUAAGUGGACAUCCUGGGAGGUACUGCCUAGUGGAGCCUCCUGGGAGGUGCUGCUACCUUAGUGGAGCCUCCUGGGAGGUGCUGCUAUAUUAAUGGACUCACCUAAUUGUAGCUGCAGGGGUCGAUCCAUAGCUCCUGGCCUCAUCUUUUCACUGGUCGCUACUAGGUCCACUCUUUCUCCCAGCUUCAUGAGCUUUAUCAUACCUCAUGGCCUCUUCAAUGACUCUUUGACACGGUGAAGAGGCUCUUGGUCUGAGGAAUUAGACCUUUUGGUCUCCUUCCUCAGACCGAAUCUAAUUACCCCCCAAUCCCCCUUCUCUAUGCCCUCCUCCCCAUCCCCCCUUUUUCUCUUUCCUCUUCCUCCUCCCCAUCCCUCCCCUAUUCCUUUUCUAUUUUCAGCCUUUGGGAUUCUUCCUACAUGCACUCUAGUUCCUAGGUAGGGGAAAGGGUACCGUGGUUCAUCCCAUUCCGUUGAGGUCCUUGGUGGUGGUGUAGUUUCGCAUGGAGCUUGGAUUACCUGGAGAUGUCCUGAUUUCUCUCUGGUCUCUCGGGGAGUGGCUUUGGGUGUCUUUCGGGUGACGUGUGUAUCUCUGGAGGCUGCCUAUCAAUUCGGAGGGGGGGGGCGAAGGAGGUAUGCUUUGUGGUGGGUGUCCGGCCACCCUCUCUUCUGUCCACUGAUGUGGCUCGGCGGAUGUGAGGUUGCUAUCCCUGACUUCUAGUAAACUCGCAUGAGAGAUUGGGUAUGGCAAGGGCUCCAUGCCACGUCUGUACUACUUGCGGUGCUGUGGUCCUCUUGGGCGUGGAGGGUGAUUUAAGAACAUAAGAAACGAGGAACACUGCAAUAGGCCUGUUGGCCCAUACUAAGCAGAUCCUUCACAAAUCCAACCCACUAAGAGAAUAAAUGCUACCCAAGCAGUAAGCUUCGAUAAUUCUAUUUAAAUCCAACCCCUUUCACUCACGUAUUUAUCCAACGUAAAUUUGAAACUACCCAAGGUUUUAGCAUCGAUCACCCUACUAGGCAGACUGUUCCACUCAUCACCCAUCCUAUUACCAAACCAAUACUUUCCUAUAUCCUUUCGAAAUCUAAACUUGUCUAAUUUGAAUCCAUUAUUGCGGGUUCUCUCUUGGAGAGAUAUCCUCAAAACCUUAUUUAUAUCCCCUUUGUUAAUACCCAUCUUCCACUUAUACCUUCGAUCAUGUCUCCCCUCAUUCUUCGUCUUACAAGUGAAUGUAGUUUAGAUAAGAUAAGAUAAGAUUUCGUUCGGAUUUUUAACCCCGGAGGGUUAGCCACCCAGGAUUAACCAAGAAA